AGUUGCCACAGACAGAUGGUGGUGUCUGAUGACAUGCAGGCAAAAACUUCCAGAGUGGGAGGAUGGACGGUUUCUAAAGAGGAAUUAAAAGUGGCCCUUGCCAUCACCCUACCCAGGUGCUUAUGGACCUUGGUCGGCCUCAAGAACCAACAAUUGUCCUUCAUGAUCAUGAAGAUGGGAAUCUCUUGUUCUUGUUCUGCAAAGGCAUUUAACUGCCCUUCCCUUCUGGCGGCGGCCGUAGCCCGUGCCACGGCAGAUGAAGUCCUUCGGGGGGACCUCUCGGCAUAUCACUUGCCCAGGCACGCAGACAGUCCGGACGGGAUCAUCCAAGUAGAGACAGAGAAGCUGGCCCGCACGGUGUUUUCCAAACUUCAUGAAACCUGCAGCAGCUGGGUGAAGGACUUCCCCCUCCAUCCGAAGCCCCACCGUUACUAUGAAACAUCCAUCCAUGCGAUCAAGAACAUGCGCCGGAAGAUGGAAGACAAGCACGUCUGCAUUCCAGACUUCAACACACUUUUCAAUCUUGAGGAUCAAGAGGAGCAGGCCUAUUUUGCCGUCUUCGAUGGCCACGGAGGCGUGGACGCCGCCAUCUACGCGUCCAUCCACCUUCAUGUGAACCUGGUGCACCAAGAGAUGUUCCAGCACGACCCCGCAGAGGCCCUCUGCAAAGCCUUCAGGGUGACGGACGAACGCUUUGUGCAAAAGGCAGCCAGAGAGAGCCUGCGGUGCGGGACCACGGGCGUGGUGACGUUCAUACGAGGGAACAUGUUGUACGUCGCGUGGCUGGGAGACUCCCAAGUGAUGCUGGUGAGAAGGGGCCAAGCGGUGGAACUGAUGAAGCCUCACAAGCCGGACCGAGAGGAUGAGAAGAAACGCAUCGAGGCCCUCGGGGGCUGCGUGGUCUGGUUCGGGGCUUGGAGAGUGAACGGGAGCUUGUCUGUCUCCAGAGCAAUUGGGGAUGCCGAGCACAAGCCAUACAUCUGUGGAGAUGCAGAUUCCGCCUCUACGGUUCUGGAUGGAUCCGAAGACUACCUCAUUCUAGCCUGCGACGGCUUCUACGACACGGUGAACCCCGACGAAGCCGUGAAGGUGGUGGCCGACCAUCUGAAGGAGAACAACGGGGACAGCAGCAUGGUGGCACACAAGCUGGUGGCUUCAGCGCGCGAUGCCGGCUCCAGUGACAACAUCACUGUCAUUGUGGUCUUUCUCAGGGACAUGAACACGUCCGUCAGCGUCAGCGAGGAGUCCGAGUGGACAGAGAACUCGUUCCAAGGCGGGCAAGAGGACAGCGGCGACGACAAGGAAAACCACGGAGAUUGCAAGAGGCCCUGGCCUCAGCACCAGGUCUCAGCACCUGCGGAUCUAGGCUACGACGGGAGAGUGGAUUCUUUCACAGACAGAACUACCUUGAGCCCUGACGCCAGGAUCAACGUAUUGGAAGACCCGGCCAGCUUAGACCUGAGGAAAACAGAAGCUAGCAAAAUCCAGAGUGCCAAACGCCUGUCCCCGGAUCAAGAGCUCAGCGCCGGUGUACCAAAGAGAGCAACGCUGGGUCAUGGGUUGUCGGCCAAGAGCGAGGCAGUGGCCGAUGCUGCGUCUCCUACAGACGGGCAAAGCGGCCUCCAGGCCUCCCUCGGUUUGGGAUCUGCCGCCCCACGGGGGUGCAACGUGGUGAACGAGUCUUCCCCCUCGGCUGGGCUAGAAGGCGAAGAGUUCUCAUCGUGGGGGAGACGCGCUUCCAUUUUCUCUCACUUCCACUUCUGUGACACAAAGCGGUGGCAACGACUCGCCAGACUCAAGCCCAAGCUCCACAUGCUUCUCUUCGCGCACAGGCCCCCUUCCCGCACAGAAGGGCUGGCGCUGUGCUCGCCUAGCGGUCUCAACGGCCGUAGAAAUAAGGGGCUGAGCCGCCACCUCUGGCCGGGCCUCUCUCACUGCGGCCAGGAUCACAGUGAAAAAAGUAUUCUCCUGACACUAAGGCCAGGGCCCUGUAUACCAGGCCCAUGGCAGCUCUGGAGCUGUCACAAAUAAUGCGCUCCUUUCUCUGCUCCCUCCCAUCUUCCCCCCAAAUAGUUAGGUUAGACCUUCACAGAAUGGGAAGUCCUUCAGAGGGAGCAUUCCAGAACCGACAGAGUUACGGAAUGCUCCACUCACUGUAAAUAGAUUCUAGGAAUUAAACAAAAGUGUUUCAGUCUCAAACAGUGAAAACUAAGGGCUGGCAUGCCAGUCACUCAGCAAUGUCACAAACGUAUUCAUUCCUCCCUCUUUUUCUCUUCACUAACACACACACAAACACACAU